AUGUUUUGGUCAAGGACAUGUUCGCUUCACAACGGCUUCUUCGGCUGUGAAUACUCUGCUCCACCGGCGACAGUACCAUACUCGACAUACUUCCGCAUGGCCGUCAACUCACCAAAGAAUCAGGGGUUGCCAGAUUACGACUCUCCGCAUGGUGCUCUAUCCUACGAGUGGUCGGAUAUGGGCUUUCUAUCUUCAUCAUCGACCAGCUGGAAUAUCUUGAUCUGCUUCAAUGUGCCCGAAAGUGUCAUUCUUGGUUUGCAGAAUUCCUUGCCUACGGCGGUGCAGGACUUGCAAGGACCGUACGCAUUGCACAUACCACUGUUGGAGCAGCUGACUGUGCUAUACGAUAUGAGUAACUCGCACGUUCAAGGCACGGUCGCAAGUCUAGAAAAGGAACUUCUGGCACCUGCAGCUGGAAACAGCAGGAUCGUGGAUUUGGACGAUUCACCAGCCGAGAGAUGGAAAGGUCAACUCGCAGCCAUCUUCGAGAUAUCGCGUCACGCCGUUCAACUCGUCGAGACAACACAGACGGCCGCCGAGACAAUUGAUCGUAUGAAAUUUGAAUGCGAGAACUUUGCCGCAUUUCAAAAGACUCCUGAUAGAUCGCUCGCUCAGAGGACUCGUAAGCUUGCUUUUGUAUGCAGCAUGCUUCGAGGUUUGUAUGCGCGUGCUGUGGCUAAUGAGAAGAGAUUGGCUAAUGAGCAGAGCNUUGUUGUCGAACAUGAUUGCCCAAGACAAUAA